UCUGCUGUCUCAGAGAGGGAGAAAGAUGCCUGCGCAGAUGCAACGAGGCAGAAGGAUGCAGCAAUGCUGGGUCUUUCUGAUGGUUGCCUGGGUGGCCAGCUUCUUCUGCUGUACAGUGGAUGCCUUACAGAGGAUCCCAUUGAAGAAGAUGCCCUCGAUUCGCCAGACCCUGCAGGAAAUGGGCGUGAGCGUGGCGGACGUCUUUCCUGAAUUGAAGCAGAAUAAAUACGCCCGUGCCACGGGACCACGGAACGGGACGGCCCCCACCAUCCUCACUAACUACCUGGAUACCCAGUACUACGGAGAGAUCAGCAUCGGCACACCAGCGCAGACCUUCAAAGUGGUCUUUGACACCGGCUCAGCCAACCUUUGGGUGCCUUCUUACAAAUGCUCCCCCCUCUACAGUGCCUGUGUUUCUCACAACCGCUACGACUCUUCCAAGUCCCGAACGUACAUAGCGAAUGGAACGGGCUUUGCUAUCCAGUACGGAACAGGGAGCGUGAAAGGCUUCCUCAGCCAGGAUGUUGUCAUGGUGGCAGACAUCCCCAUCAUCCAGGUCUUUGCAGAAGCCACGGUUCUGCCUGCCUUCCCCUUCAUCUUCGCCAGGUUUGAUGGGGUGUUGGGCAUGGGUUACCCCAGCCAAGCCAUCGACGGCAUCACUCCGGUGUUCGACCGGAUCCUCUCUCAGCAGAUCCUGAAGGAGGAAGAGUUCUCUGUCUACUAUAGUAGGAACUCUCACCUGCAACCUGGAGGGGAAAUUAUCCUUGGAGGAAGUGACCCAGCUUACUACACCGGGAGCUUCCACUACCUAAAUGUCAUCAAGAAUGGGUAUUGGCAGAUCAGCAUGAAGGGGGUGUCUGUCGGGGCUGAACUCUUGUUCUGCAAAGAGGGCUGUUCAGUGGCCAUUGACACCGGCGCUUCCUACAUCACCGGCCCAGCAGGCUCCAUAUCCGUGCUGAUGAGAGCCAUCGGGGCAACCGAGCUGGCAGAAGGAGGGUACAUGAUUGACUGUGACAAAGUCCCCCAGCUGCCCAUCAUCUCCUUCCACCUCGGAGGGAAGGCCUACACGCUCAAUGGCCCAGCCUACAUCCUGAGGCAAUCCCAGUAUGGAGAAGACAUCUGCAGUGUGGCUUUCGUAGGUCUGGACAUCCCGCCCCCCACCGGCCCCUUCUGGAUCCUGGGAGCCAGCUUCAUUGGGCAGUACUACACCAAAUUUGAUCGGAGGAACAACCGGAUUGGCUUUGCCACAUCCCUCUGACGGCCGGGGGUAGGAGGGAGAUGAGAGGGGGUGUUUGGGGAAGGAGCGACUCCCAAAGAGAAGUGCUUGAAACUGUGAAGGAGAAUGGCAUGGGGAAGCUACCCAAUGCUGAGUAACUUUAAGCAACAUUGAGGCUACUCAGUCUCCUCUACAGCACAGCAAUGCCCUGCCUGUAUUUAAGCAAAACCUCCUAAUUAAUCUGCUUUACAAAGCAAUGCUACACAUCAGGGAUAAGCCUCAGGAUUAACCCCCUCUGUGCCAGGAUGCUGCCACUCCACUUCACCCAAUGGCUGCAGUCCCCUUUGCCCUGGUGGGUGGGUCUCACUGCAGGCCCAUCUCAUCCUUCCAGACUGUCGGGUUCCCACGUAGCCCAUCUCCCUGUAGCCUGUAGUGUUCCUGCUUGGACACCUGUACUUAGACAACAGCUGACAGAGGCACUUAGUCAGGCCAAAUUUCCAAGAUGGCUCAGUACAUUACAUUGGCAAGAUCUGUCCCUUAUCCAGGGCCUGACUGGGUGCUGAGACCUUUUGAAGACCUAGCUCUCACUAUGGGUGCCCUGGGGCCAGAAAUCUGGCCAUGGGACCCUUGUGACCUUGGUAACACAUAGAGGAAAGCUUUCUUGAAGGGCAAUGUGCAACAAAACUCUGAAUUUCUAAUGUAGAAAAGCCCCCAGGAUUUAUUUAUUUUUUUUAAAGGGAAGAUUCCUUCCCUCCCAUACCUCAGGAUGGGUUUUUUGAACAUUAACAAUUCAGAUUGUCUUUGCCCUGCAAGAAUGUACAGAUAUUUGGGAGGAACAGAGAGGAGGACAAACACUGACUGUAUGGGAGCGAAACCAGAUCACUGCAAAGAGUUUAGGGCCACCCAGGGCUAUAGUAUCUGAUUGCUGGCAUUAUGCAGGCCCGGGAACUUUCUGCAUCAAGCCCAGAUCUGGUGAUUGACCUAGAAAAUAUUUUCUAGGAAGAGGCCUCCAGGCGUCUCUAAUAGAUGUUGUUUCAGAUACCCCACCCCUGGCAUCAGGUAGUAGGUUAUAGGGAGGUGUCCUCGUCAUUCCACUCUAAAACUCUGAAGUAUGGGUCCCUUUUGCAGAGGUCCCUUCCUACUCAGCCAGUUAGUUCCUUCCGUGUGAUUCCCCAUUGCCCUGAAGUCUGUGUGCAGUAUUUGUAGCAGCAAGGGCAACACACAACCAGGCUGACUGGGUGGCAUUUACAAGGGGCUGCCCAGGGAAUCCCACCCUGUGUACGUGAGAGUUGUGUCUUCUUGCUCUGAUGACAAAAAUAACACUGAUAACGCCACAUCAGAAUCGGACUCUGCUCUGGCUCAUGCAUCACCAACAGAAACAUUCAAGCAGGCUUCCAUUACUACACUGCUUUGCAAUGCCACGAAAGACACAGGAGAAUAACUGAGGGCAGAAUUACACCCUGCGCGUAAAGCGUGAGACUGAUAGAAACCAGCCUGCCCUUCAUAUUGCCAGCUUGGGUGCUUACAGCUUGGAGUGACAGCAGAUGGGAAGGCCAGUUCCACCUCUGCUUUCAGUGGAGGGGGUCUAGGUGGAAGUGAGAGCACAAAUUGGCUUAUAUAUUUUUUUUUUCCCCCACAACUUUUGACUUGAAUGUAUUUGAUGUUGCACUCACAGCAGUGGAGCCAACACAGCUCUCUAGCAGACCACCUGCAGACAUCUUUCACGCAGCAGAAGCACAGAGUAGGGAACCGGCUUUACGUUAAUUUAAUUCGUAGUGUACAGCUAAUCAAACUGCUCAUAGAGCCCUGGGGCUAUCGCCAGGUUGCUUACAAACUGAGGAGCUGCUGCGUUAGACCUCUCCAUGCACUGUCAAAGCGGUAGGGAAAGAAUUCACAUGCAUUUUAGUGAUGGUUUUAGCUUGUUUGAACUCUUCCCUUUCCCUGACUGUUUGUAUUAAACAAAGACUGCAAAUGCAACCAAGGCUCUGAAUGUUAUAUCUAUUGAUUUGGACGCAACAGAAGUCAAGCAGAUUUGAGACAGGCUCAAGAAAGUCUGGAGGGGUGGGAUGUUAUUCAGAAUUUGCCAAACACGUUCAGAGUCUGUGUAACUCAUGGUAUAAUGAAAGGCAACAGCAAGACUUUCUUGCAGCUGAGGUCAGUUGACCUACAGGUACUUUUAAUCCCAUGGCCAAAAUCAGGUUAGUUCAACUGAUGUGACAGCAGUGUUAUUUUCUAGGCCUUUGAAGUGGGCUUGGCAUUGUCUAAUUUUUCCAAACAUCGUCUUCGCUCUUGAGAGAGGAAAACAGGGGAGAAAAGCAGCAAUGACUUCCCCAAACUCCUCCCACAAGCUAAAGGGUGUGAUAGGCAGGAAAUACUGAACAAUUCUAUGGACUUCUAUGAAACUCAAAGGCCUUAUGUGGAUUUUAGUAGGAUGCUCUAGUAUCACUUGCUAUGCUGGAUGGGUGACUGGGUGCCUUGGCACCUUGCUAUCCAAAGCAUGUGGCCUCACCUGAUGCCUUCACAAAGUCAUUUGAAGAGAAUAUUUUGGGGAAAGUGAAUUCUGGUUGGAAGGGAAAUGACACUGUAGCAGGAACAAGCAGCAAUCAGCUACCUGUACACCCUCUUUCAGCAAUAAACAGACAGGACUAUCAUUGA